UCAUUGCUGUCAUGUGACCAACGCAAGGCCACAUGUGUCGUUGGUUUGCUUGGUGCGGAAUAAUCUGGAGUUGCACCAACGGAGGCUAAAGCAUUGUUCAGGGACAAUUUCGAGAAAUAUUAUGCCUCUCCAGUGAGAGUGAAUCAUGAAUAAAGUGGUGGACAAGCUUGAGCAGAUAAUACCAUGAAGACAAGCUCACGGGUCCUCUAUCACCAACUUCAGAUUGUUCUAAUGAUCCUGGCAUUGUCAGAAGAACGAAAAUCCACUGCACAAGAAUUGUCUCCCAUCUCAAGAUCUCAAAAUCAUCCAAUAGACUUCACAACAGUAAACACAGAACUCCUCAAACCUAGUGCUAACUCCAAAGUAAUGGAUCAUAUUAACUUGCAUAGGAUCUCAGAUACAGAUGGAAAUAUCUUGAAAUAUCUUCAGAUAGUCCAUGACAUCAAGCUGAGAGAUACCAGCUUAAUUGAACCCACACCUACUGUCACUCAGUUACCAUUGUCAGUAUCACCACUGGAAUAUGCCAACAAUUACCAUAGAGCAAAGGAGGUCAUAGUUGCCACAUAUAAUCAAAAUACUUUGUAUUCAGAGCAAACACAAUUAAAGGAAAGACAGUCUCGGCUUCAUAAAAAUGAGUUAGUGGCUCCUGGACACCUUCUUGGUAAUGUAAUACUGCAUUCCUCAUUUACUACAAGAAUAUACCACAGAGAUUUUGAAACAAUGUCUUCGUCUAGUAAUCAUCAAACUGAGGUGGUUUCAAGAACUUCUGACAUCCAUAAUAUCAUGAUGUUGAAAUCUUCAACUGAUGCAGGCACACUAAAAGAGAUCAACUACUUGCACAUCCUUAAGAAUCUCUGGUACACAGAGGAAUCAAACAUCACAGAAGAAAGGGUUUCACAGAGAUCACUUCUUCCUGGCUCGCCACUUAAUCUGAUCAUUGCUUCUGAGUCACAGGUUACUUCUCUUCAUGACGUGUCAUUUAAGUCGCAGCCACAUCUUAAUCUGGAAUUAUAUGUUGUAACAACGAAUGAAUAUCCCCCAUUUAUAGAUAGACUUAAAGAUUUAUUGAAAGUUGGUGAUCAAAACCUGUCAGCUAUGAUUGGAUCUCACACUUCCAUCUCCAUGACAUCGUUCAACACGAUGGAAAGUGAUCUUUUAUCUAAUUCUGUCAUUCUGUCAACUAUGUCUACACCUGGGAUCUCUUCAAUUUUCUCCAAAUGUGACACAACCGCAGCAGGAAACUUCCCGAAUACAAUAAUCCAUGCAGAAACUAGGGGCCCUGAAAUAGCCAGCAACAUUUCCCAAGUAACUGAAGUAGAAGAGCCUCAAGAAAAAGCAACUAUCUGCCUUAGUAGAAUUGACAUAGCCUGGAUUAUUCUAGCUAUCAGUGUGCCUGUUUCAUCAUGCUCUGAUCUGUAACUCUCCAUCGCCUCG